UCAAUCGACGGAGCUUGCGCGAGAAGAAAGCUUCGGAAAGCACCCAACGCACCGGCCACUUGUUACCCACCUUCACCUCAUCCUAGUACUAACCAUUGGCCGACAAACUUUGGAGCCCGUCACAGCUGCAACAACAAUGAGCGACGCACAAGUCCUUGGACAAGAAGUCAAGCUGCCCUUCUCGGGCAGGGUGGCCCCUUCGCGAUUCAUGAAGGGCGCCAUGACCGAGCGACUAUCCAGUUGGGAUCAGCACAGGCCUGAAGCGCGAGGCAUCCCCUCGGAUGGCCUUGUCAAGGUCUACGAGGAAUGGGGAAACGGUGGCUUCGGCAUCGUGUUGUCCGGCAACACCAUCGUCGAUCCAGUGAACCUCGAAGCACCUGGAAAUGCCAUCAUCCACGAAGGCUUGGACAAACCCGAAGAGCGCGAAAAGCAGUUCAGGCGCUUGUUCAAAGCAGGCAAGGGCGCCGCGGGCAAGUCUUUGUUUGUGGUGCAACUCAGCCACGGAGGUCGACAAGUGGCCGACGCUCUGACAAAGAAUCCGGUCAGCGCCAGCGACAUUCCUUGUCCUCCAACCAUGGGCUACAACUUUGCCAAGCCUACUCCUCUUGACGAGGAUGGCAUCAAGAAGGUCGUCAACGACUUUGCCUAUGCUGCCCAGAAAUGCCACGAAUGGGGCGCCGAUGGCAUCCAGCUGCACGCCGCUCACGGCUACUUGCUGGCACAAUUCUUGUCUAGCACCACGAACAAGCGCACAGACAAGUACGGCGGUUCCCUCGAGAAUCGUGCGCGCAUCAUCUACGAUAUCUUUGAGGAGAUCGACCGCCGCAUUUCGGACCCCAAGUUCAUCAAAGCUAUCAAGAUCAACUCGGUUGAAUUUCAAGAAGGCGGUUUCCAGCCCGAAGAGUCUGCUGCUGUUUGCAAGCACCUAGAGCAGCUGGGCGUCGAUGUCAUCGAGCUCUCUGGCGGUACGUAUGAGAGCCUCGCCUUUACGCACAAGCGUGAAUCGACAAAGGCUCGCGAGGGCUUCUUCCUGCAAUUUGCCGAGACGAUACGACAAGGUGUGUCCAAGAGCAGGAUCUGGACCACAGGCGGUUUCCGCAGCGCCAAGGCAAUGGCAGAUGCUGUUCGACAAGGCGUCACUGACGGUGUGGGAAUUGCUCGACCUGCCACGCAAGACUUUGGUUUGCCUAGCCUGAUCAUCUCUGGCAAAGUCGACGGAGCAAGAAAGGGACUUUUGCCCGAGCACGACUUUGGCAUCACCAACGUCGCUGCCGGCACUCAAAUUCGACAAGUUGCCAACGGUAUCCAACCUUUCGACGCUACCAAUGAGGAAGCUGUCCAAAAGUUCAAAGAAGAGGUCGGCCAAUUUAUGGAGAUUGCCAAGAAGGACGGAGCGGAGGGUGUCGUCAAGGCUGGUUACCCUGACCUUGCCGGAUCGGCUUACCAACCCAUUUCGCUGUUGUAGAGACUGUUUGCAGCAUAAUUGGUGGAAACAAUACUCAAGAAAAUGUGGAGCGAAGCAAUGAACAGAUUGAAGAAAUAUAGAGACAAAUGGACAAACUCUCAGAUAUAAUGUGCGAUGAGUUCCAUUACGUGUGACUGAAAGGCCCUUGACGAAGCAGGAAACCCAAAGGUGA